GCCUAUUCAUCCCCUACACCUUGCUCCCUCCUUCUCUGCCCCUGUCGAUACCAUGGGGGACAUUUUAAAAUUCUCCCUCAGGGGACUGGAUCAACUCCGCUGCCGCCGUGUGGGCCUGGCUGGCCCAGAGGAGACCCCCGCUGCGAGGACCCGCCUGGCCAUGCGCUGAAAGCUGAACGAUGUCGCUCUCCAGGCUGAACAGCUUCACCAAUGGCUUCCUGGAAGACCCUUCCGGGAUGGAGACCGCUGCUGGGGCGGACAUGGCCCAGGUCCUCAAGUGCUUGGAGAUGGGCACCAUUCUGACCUUGUUCUAUCAGAAGAAGUCACAGAGGCCCGAGCGGAGGAGCUUCCAGGUCCGGCUGAAGAACAGGCAGGUCAUCUGGAGCCGGACCCCGGAGAAAGUGGAGGGCGAUGUGGACAUCAGGGAAAUCAAAGAGAUCCGGCCUGGGAAGAAUUCCAGGGAUUUUGAACGCUAUCCAGAAGAAGCCCGGAAGCUGGACUCAACGUUGUGUUUCGUCAUCUUAUACGGAACAGACUUCAGGCUGAAGACGUUGAGUGUUGCUGCUUUUUGCGAGGAUGAUGUGACUCUCUGGGUGGCCGGGCUGAACUGGCUGGUGGCAGAUACGCAGCGAUCACAGACUCCACUCCAAAUUGAAAGAUGGUUGAGGAAGCAGUUUGAUUCAAUGGACAGAUCUAGAGAAGGAAGCAUCAGCCCCAAAGAUCUGAAGGCCAUGCUGCCCCAGGUCAACUACCGCGUGCCUAACAUGAGAUUCCUUCGGGAUAAACUUGUGGAGGUAGAGGUCCGCGGUGAAAUUACCUUCAACCAUUUUACGCAGUUCUAUAAAAACCUGAUGUUUGAUGCGCAGAAAUCGAUCAUUGAACAACUAGAAUUGUCUUUCCCUUUACGUAACGUGGAUCGGCCGGAACUCUGCCAGAUCACCUUAUACGACUUCCAGAAAUUCUUACAGUAUGAUCAAAAGGAAGCGUGGGCGAGUGACAUUGCCAAGGUCCGGGGGUUCCUGUGCAGCUACCUGCAGGAUCGCUUUGGCGACAUGACAGAGCCCUUCUUCCAGCUGGAUGAAUUCCUGACAUUCUUGUUCUCCAAAGAAAACAUGCUCAUGGAUUCCAAAUGUGAGCAGGUCGUCCCUGAAGAAAUGAAUUUCCCCUUGUCACAGUACUGGAUCUCGUCUUCUCACAACACGUAUCUCACGGGGGAUCAGUUCUCCAGUGAGUCCUCUCUAGAAGCCUACGCCCGCUGCCUUCGGGUGGGAUGCCGAUGCAUUGAAUUGGAUUGUUGGGAUGGCCCGGAUGACCUGCCCAUCAUCUACCACGGCCACACGCUUACCUCCAAAAUCAAGUUCCUGGAUGUGUUGCACACCAUCAAGGAGCACGCCUUCACCACCUCUGAGUAUCCCAUCAUUCUGUCCAUCGAAGAUCACUGCAGCAUCGUCCAGCAGAGGAACAUGGCGUCCCACUUCAAGAAAGUGUUUGGUGACAUGCUGCUGACCAAACCGGUUGACGUCAAUGCUGACCAGCUUCCCUCUCCUGCCCAACUCAAGAAAAAGAUCCUUAUCAAGCACAAGAAGCUGGUGGAAGGAAACCUCUAUGAAGAAGUCUCCACGGCCAGCUACUCUGAGAACGACAUCAGCAAUUCGAUUAAGAAUGGCAUCCUGUACCUUGAAGAUCCAAUUGACCAUACCUGGAGCCCCCACUAUUUUGUUCUGACAAGCAACAAGAUCUAUUACUCCGAAGAGACCUCCCACUACCAGUCCAAUGAAGAAGAGGAGGAGGCGGAACAGAAGGAGGAGUUUAACAACAACGAACUGCACUUUAGUGAGAAGUGGUUCCAUGGCAAGCUGGGUGGGGGCCGUGACGGGCGCCAGAUUGCCGAGCGGCUGCUGCACGAAUACUGCACUGAGACCGGUGGCAAAGAUGGCACUUUCCUUGUGCGGGAGAGCGAGACUUUUGUGGGCGAUUACACCCUCUCUUUCUGGCGUUCCGGACGGGUCCAGCAUUGUCGCAUCCAUUCCCGGCAGGAAGCCGGUGCUACCAAGUUCUACCUGACCGACAACCUGGUUUUUGACAGCCUGUACAGCCUCAUCUGCCACUACCGUGAGGUGCCGCUGCGCUGCAACGAGUUCGAGAUGCGCCUCACGGACCCCGUGCCGCAGCCCAACGCCCACGAGAGCAAGGAAUGGUACCACGCUAACCUGACGCGGCUGCAGGCUGAGCACAUGCUGAUGCGGGUGCCCCGGGAUGGCGCCUUCCUCGUGCGCAAGCGGAGCGAGGCCAACUCCUACGCCAUCUCCUUUCGGGCCGAGGGAAAGAUCAAGCACUGCCGAGUCCAGCAGGAAGGGCGGCUUUUCAUGUUGGGCAGCUCGGCAGAAUUCGAGAGCCUUCUCGACCUGGUCAGCUACUACGAGAAGCACCCGCUCUACCGCAAGAUGAAGCUGCGGUACCCUAUCAACGAGGAGACCUUGGAGAAGAUGGGCACAGCGGAGCUGGAUUAUGGGGCACUGUAUGAGGUGAGGAGCCCUCACUUUUAUGUGGAAGCCAACAAGAUGCCUGUGGCCAGGUGUACCGUGAAGGCCUUGUAUGACUACAAAGCCCAGCGAGAAGACGAGCUCUCAUUCUGCAAGCAAGCCAUCAUUCAUAACGUUGACAAACAAGAUGGCGGAUGGUGGCGAGGGGACUAUGGCGGGAAGAAGCAACUCUGGUUUCCUGCUAACUAUGUGGAGGAGAUCAUGAGUGCCUCCAUGCCGGAGCAGGACGAAGCGUCGGUGGAGAACAGUCCUUUGGGCAACUUCCUGAAAGGGUUCAUCGAUGUUCCGUCCUGCCAUGUUGUUAUCUCCAAAGACGGGAGGAGCUCCAAACCCUUUGUCUUCACCAUCCAUUCUCAGCAGAUGACCCACCCAUCCCAGUCGCUGGACGUCGCCACGGAUACUCUGGAGGAGCUUAACGACUGGGUGGCCAAGAUCCGGGAGGCCACACAGAAUGCAGAUGCCAGGAUGCAGGAAGGGAAGAUCAUGGAGCGGAGGAAGAAGAUCGCCCUGGAGCUGUCAGAACUGGUCGUUUAUUGCCGCCCGGUGCCCUUUGAUGAGGAGAAGAUCGGCACAGAGAAGGCCUGUUACCGGGAUAUGUCGUCCUUCCCGGAGACCAAGGCGGAGAAAUACGCCAACCGCAGCAAGGGGAAAAAAUUCCUCCAGUACAACCGGCGGCAGCUGAGCCGCAUUUACCCCAAGGGACAGCGCCUCGACUCCUCCAACUACGACCCGUUGCCCAUGUGGAUCUGUGGCAGCCAGUUAGUGGCCCUCAACUUCCAGACCCCCGACAAACCAAUGCAGCUGAACCAAUCGCUGUUCGCGCUGGGUGGGCGCAGCGGGUACGUCUUGCAGCCGGACAUGAUGCGGGAUGACCUUUUUGACCCUUUUGACAAGAGCAGCCUGAAGCACGUGGAGCCCAUCACCGUCCAGUUGCAGAUCUUAGGGGCCCGGCACCUCCCCAAAAACGGCCGCAGCAUCGUUUGCCCGUUCGUGGAGGUGGAGGUGUGUGGCUCAGAGUUUGACAACAGCAAAAACAAGACGGACGUUGUAGCUGACAACGGUCUCAAUCCUGUCUGGCUGGUCAAGCAGUUUGUCUUCGACAUCAACAACCCCGAAUUUGCCUUUCUGCGCUUCGUGGUUUAUGAGGAAGACAUGUUCAGUGACCCCAAUUUCUUGGCCCAGGCUACCUUCCCUGUCAAAAGCCUCAAAACAGGCUACCGGUCAGUGCCGCUGAAGAACAGCUACAGUGAGGAUCUUGAACUGGCUUCUCUGCUGCUCCACAUUGAAAUCAUCAAUGCCAAGGAAGAAGAUGACGAGAACUUGUACUCCUCCAUCCAGCAACUACGGGACCGGGCUAACGAGCUCUCCAGCCAGGUGUCUAACCUGGAGCACAGCAACAGUUGCGACUCGCGUUACCAGCAGCGGCUGGAUGAACUGAGGGUGGCGCAAGAGCAGCUCAUGGAGCUGACCGAAGCACGCAAUAGGAAGUUGAUGGAGAAGAAGAAGCGAGACCGGCAGUUGGCCAACAAGCGUAACUGAACUGAACUGAACUUUCCCGGUUUUCCUGUCCUCCUGGAGAGAUCGCCACAGACUCUUCUCCGACCUUCCAGGAGGUGCUGAAUACGAGACAUCCUUCAGGCUCACCAAAUCCUGAUGGCCUCCCUGGCUGCUGGGACAGCAGCCACAGGGGUAAGGCGACCUCAGCAGGAGCUUUCCUCCAUGCAUAGGAAGCAGGCAUCCUCACCAACCGUUUUCACCCUCUGUGACACAGGCUGGUUCAGCUCUUCCUGCCUCUGAGGUCUGCAGCUCCCACAGUCAAUCUCUUCUUCAACACGUUCAUCAGAGCUCUGUUUUAAUCCAGGUUUUCCUUCCUUGUGGAUUGGGAAGAUGGGCCUUUAUUAUGAUUUAUUAUUAUUAUUAUUAUUAUUAUUAUUUUUGGCUUUGGUGCAACCUAGGGCAGUAGCAAGUGCCUCUAAUCUAACUUUCCCAGAGAAUGUGUUUUUGCACAGUAGAAACCUGGUGGAGCCAGCUGAGAAGGAGCAGGACAAAAGUGGAGAGGGGGGAGGAGUCCUGGGGAUCAAGAGGAUUUGCCUGCCAGAUCCUAAAGGGUGCCUGCAAGAUUAGCUCUUGAGUGGAAGGGAGUAUCAGGCCUUGGACACAAGAAGGAGAGGCUAAGAUAAACCAUCAGUCUGGUUUGCCAGCGGGACAGCUUCCUUCUUCUCAGCCCCGUAGCCUUCCUUCCCAUCCUGAAUUCCAGAAGCGAUGCCAGAUGCAAACUUAGUCCCACGCGCUGCUUACAGCAGGCCAUGGCGCCUGGGAGGCAGCCUUAGGUAUAUUUAUUUAUUUAUUGUGGGGCAUGAGAAGGAAAUCUCUCCCCCCCCACCAAUAACCAUACCUGAAGGCUGUGGGGGCAUGUCGCUCGUAAAAAGAAACAUUUUCGUUUCGUUAAUCCUUGUUGCAUUGUUUCACUCAAGGACACCCCCUCACCUUCCUCGACUGUCAUGUUGGGGCUGGUCUAAAGCAGGCAGACAUUGAUGGAAGCUAAGUGAGGGUCACCUGUGAAAAGAGGAGGCUGCUGCAGAGGCGUGACACCUGAUGCGAGAGAGCAGAAAAGGACCCAGGUGGGGAGGAUGCGGUGGCACCCCUAGCCCAUCGUCCUCUCCCAAAAGCAGCCCCUCCAGAUUCCUCUUCGGGAUCCGAGAAAGGCACUUGUCUCUUCGCUGAAUUGCUUCUACCCUUCAGCUGUUCUUUAAAUGCAUAAUCUUUUCUUUUCUAUUGCUGUGAUUUGCAUUUGUUUUUAACGCUGGCUGUUAAACGAACAAGUUGGGACAGGUCGGCGGGUUCCAGGCAGUUAUGGUUGCCAAGAUGGAGAGAGAGAGAUGGAGAGAAAGGUUCGCCUUGCUUUUUUUGCUUGUCCUCAACCUAUCAGAGCACCAUCCUAGAGUGGUGUUGCGUAUGUCGGUAAACUGCGGGGGGGGGGGGGGGGGGGUCAGAAGGGGCAGGUAAGACGGCCGGCGAUUGGUUGGAAGAGAGAAUCCGUUCUUUGGUGGAAGAAAUCCUUGAACUAGAAGACCAGGCGUGGGCGCUUUUCAAACAAGCCCAACAAAUAACAGCAGUUCCAGUGUGAGACUUAACGGAGGCAUAUAAUUUAGUCUCUUUUAAGAAUGCUGUGUGCACGAAAGACCACUUCGGUGAUCUGCUUCGUUCAUGCCUUGUUCCUUCCUCCCCUCUGCAGGGGAAUCGUGGGUGCAAAAGGGGGGAAAACAUGUAGGAAAAGCCAGGUAUUUCACCCCAGUUCCAGCACCUGGCUUACAGUCACACAAGUGGAAGGACUCUGCUCUUAGCCGUAGUAGGUGAAGGUCCACCUAAGUGUCAGAGCUCAGAGCCACAGGCCAGGUGAGCCGUGAAAUUUGAACUGGCAUAGUAAGUGUAGGAAGAGCUCGUUGGCCUAGUUGGGUGGGAUUUGUGAAGGAGAAAUGGGGUGGCUGCACUAAGGAAAGCUGGUAAGAAUCACAGAGAAAGGCUAAGAUGAUUUCAGAUCCUAGUUGGGCUGUAGAAGCUUUUUUGACCAAAUUUGGAAUGCAUUUUGCUAAACUCACCUCAUGAAGGGACCAUGUUGCUUGGUUCAUCUGCUUGGAGAAAUGCACUGAACCGUUCAGUGGGUCUUGGAGAAGGCAAUCAUUUGAAAAGGGGGCGUUUAGUAGCUUAGAGGACCAUGCAAAAAUGACCAUUCUUGAAGGGAUAACGGGCCCAAAGACAGGAGUGAAAUCUGCCACGUGCUCCUCAAAACGAGCAAGAUAAGCAACAGAGGAGGAAGAGUUUUCACAGGAUAUUUCAUCCAAUGUAAGCUUUCAGUUAGCACUCAAAGAAAAAAAAAGCAUUCAGUGGCAAGAAUACUGAAACCCUGUAGAAAUGUCAGAAACUGGAGAUACAACUUGUGAAGGAGGUUCCGUCUCCAGCCGUUUUCAAAACAAGUUGUAUUUCUGGUAGAUCUCUGAUUGCUUGAGGUGCCAGGAAACUGCAGAACAGCAUGCAAGGAACUUCAGCACUUCAAGCACUGUCCUGCUUGUGCCUCUUUGCGGGAAAGCUGACCUGUUGUUCAGGAAAGGGGCGUUCAAAUUCUCAAGAGCUUGGUUCUUGCAAAGCUAAGCUGUCAGGUUUUUUUGCCAUCUUUGGACCCAGACCUGGCUUCCCCUGGAUGUGGAGGAAACGGAGCCGGCUGCUCACCUGUUUGCACUGGAGCGGUACCCUAGCACCAUUUAAGCUAGCUCCUUGCGAAGUUCACACCUUGGUCAAAAACCAAUUCUUCAGCUUAAAAGCAGUCAACGGUGGACUUAAAAAAAAAAAAAUUGGCUAGCUU